GGGUGAAAGAUGUACUUGUGGGGUCGUGCCCAGCUCCACAAGCGUCGCUGGUCACCAGACAUCUAUCAGCAGAGACGUGCGUUACGUUGCUCUUCUGUAUUCGAUCCGCUUUUUAUCCAGUUGAUCGCUAUUGGCUACCGUCGUUCGUUUUAUUGGUAAAGCAAAAGUUUUUCUCCAGUUACGUGCACACGGUUUUUUAUUAUUAAGGCUAUGUCCGAGUCAGCGGAACCAGGAUGGUUAAGACUUAGUGAACUAGCAAUUGGAGAUGGCGGUGUUUGUGUAACAUCACUCAUUAAGGAUAAAAUACGGGAAUAUAUGCUCAAUGAAAAACAGCAAACCACUGCCGAAGUAACUGCUACCACAAACACAUCAUCGACCAUAAAAAGUUCAAAUGGAGAAACUUGUGUGCGAAGAAUUGGCAACUCAUUAGAUUUGUUACUCCGUGAAAGUCGAAAUGCUGGACACGCAGUGCCUGUUACCAAAAGCAAAAUUAUUCAUUCGGUGCAGCCUCAGACAAUCGAAGAAAAUGUUGUGUCAACAACAAUGAAUACAGCAACAGACAACCAUGAUAAAAUAGCAAAAAAAAACAGUUUCUCAUUAUUAGAAAACGAAAUGCAAAUAAGUCGAAUGCCAAUUCCAGCUGAUGAAUGUGCAAGCAGCGAAAUGUCUGUUGACAUUAAUCACUCUCAUAAUAAAUCAGAUUCAAAAAACAAUGUUAAUACUAAUGGUGAAAAUCACCAAAAAUUAAAUGGAAUAUCAAAUGAAAAAUAUAAAGAAAAAACAAAUGAGCUAUCUGAUUCUAUAGAACAAAAUAUAGAAGAAGAUGCGAAAAUUAAAAAUCAAAAUGACAGACAAAUUUUAAUUAAUGAUGAGCCUGUAAGUGAUGAAAAAUUGGAUAAUAUAUGUAGUCCUGAAGUUCAGUCAGAAAAAGAAACAUCAGAAACUGAACCAGAUAAAAUUAUGCUAUUGGAAAAAAAAACAGAAAAUAGUGAAGAAGUUAGUGAUAAUCUAGAGCUUGAACAUUUAAUUAAAGAUGACCCAGAGGAACAAAUGCUGGAAAAAAAUAAUUCUUCUGAGCUAAUAGAUGAAAACAAUGAUUCAAAAAAGACAAAAACUAUAGAAGAUGAUUUAGAAGAAAAAUUACUUGAGAAAAUUAAUGUAGAGGAGCCAGUAAUUGAAAAAAAUGAAGAAAAUAAAGAGGACAUUGCUGAAGUAGAUAAUAAAGUUACAGAAAAUUCUUGUACACUUAGCAAAGACAAUGAAUUUAAUGAAGCUAUGGAAGUUGAUGAUAUUGAGAUCAAUUCUAAAGAACCAGUGAGUCAGGAUGUAGAUAUAUCAGACCAAGACAAUAUCAAAGAACAAAAUCAUAGCGAUCUAGUUAAACCUGUAAAUUUAACUAACGGGGAAUUAAAUGUUUUAAAUGAAAUCAAAUCCAAUGAUUCAAAUACCAAUGAAAAAAUGAAUGAGAUAUUACCGGAUGAAGAUGAUAAAUAUAUUAAAUCAGCAGAUAUACUAAAAAUAGCUGAAGAAGAAGAGUUUGAAAAAAAAUGCAAUGCUGAAGAAGAUAUAUGUAGUGAAGUUAGUAUUGAAACACCUUCUCCUAAACAAACUGAAGAACCAAUUAUUGCUAGGAAAAGGUCUGCAGCUAGUCAUGAUGAACUAAGUGCACUAAGUGGAGCUAGUAGUGAUAAUGAUUUACCAAAAACCAAAAAGUUACGUUGUGACGAUGAUAUAUCUUUAUUAAAGGAUGAUACUAGAGAAAGGUUGAUAAAAAAUAUUGUACAGUCAAGUGGAAAAAGUGAAACAGAAUUAACUAGAAAUGUUGAGAAAAUACAAAAUGAAAUUAAAGUUAUCACUGAAAUAGCUCAAAAUAAACGAGAUGAGCUGGUAACACUCAUUAGAUUACAAAAACUCAAGGAAGAAAUUAUAGAAAGACUGAUGAUAAAAAUUAAAGAAAUUGAUGCUACUAAAACUGAUAAUAGUAAAGACUGGAAUUUACCUGAGAUGUUUCAAAUCAAUUUGAGUCAACCAGAGCAUAUUUUAAAUGAAAAGAAUAUAGUCGAUAUUAUUGAUACUCGUGAUCCUGAAUUAGAAAAAUCAUCAAGUAUUGGCUAUGAACAAAACAGCUCGGCUUCCUCAGAUAACCCAAUAGUAAAAUCAGUUGGCUCAACACACUCAUCUAAUAUGCAACCAAAUGAAUGGAUUUUAUCUGAUAAACUAAAUCGCAUAAGUCGUAUACAAAGACCAAUACUACCCAAACCUAUAACUAAUAAUCAAAAGGAAGGCCGUCAAGGCCCAAUAUUAGAUGUUAAACUAAUAAUUGCUGAUCAUAGGUCAAAAAAUCCAGAAACUGCAAUACCCAAGAGAGGUCGUCGUAAAGUACCUAAUGAUUUUUCAGUCCCUACAUCAACAUCUCCUCUUCGUUAUCCAAAUCCAUUAGGUUUCCCUAAUUCAAUUCAUCAUCCUAAUGAUGUAAAUUACAAAACUCAUUCAUCACAUAUUCAUGGAAUCUCUAACAAUAUUAUGGAACAACAUAAUGAUUUAAAUCGUUUUAAAGAUGUUCCUGCAUUUCCAGAAGUUACAUUACAUCCAGUUUCUCAACCUAUACAGCAUUUUCAACAACAACAGCAACAGCAACAAAGCUCUCUUCUCCAUGGUAUAUUGGAGGGAAUUUUAACCAAAGGUGCUGGUAAUCAAAACUUGCCAGUUAGCCUGCCAAGUCAUCCAACUACUUACUCUCCUACAUUAGCCAGACUAUUAACUGCUCCAGAGCGUUGUAAACAAAUGAGAAGUAAACAACGGCAAAUACCUACUGCUACUGUGGUUUCAUCUAAUUCUCAAUCACGUAAUGAAAUUACUAUUACUCCAGUUCAAAGUACAUCUAUGUCGUCAUCUACUUUCCAACAAAAAACAAACGUAGUACCGGUUCAGUCUACACAAGUUGAUGAUGAAGAUGCAUCUGAUAGAUUAGUUAUUGAUGAGGGGCAAGACUCUACUAAUGUUGGUUCUCCCUCAAGUGCUCCCCAAUGUCAAGGUUGCAUGCAAAAACCUGCUCAAUUUGUAUGUGCUGGAUGUGGUAAUCAAUGGUAUUGCAGCAAAGACUGUCAGAUUGAUGCUUGGGAUGAUCAUUCAGAAGUAUGCAGUGGAUAAAAAAUAAAAAAUAAUUUGUAGUGCCAAAAGAUCUCAUAAAUAUUUAACAGACUAACUUUUGUCAGCUUACUGCUACUUUAUUUAUUAAUAAUAUUUAUGAGGUUAUUGUAUAAACCGUUAUUAGCUUAUAUUUGGUUUGUUUUACACAUCUUUGUAUACAAUUGUAUCCCUAACAUUUGUAAAUGUGUAAGAAAUGUUUUUUAAUUUAUUAAAAAUCCUAUACAUACCAAACUAGUGUGAACCUUAAAUGAUUUAAUUUUAAACUUUGUUGUCUUGUAACAUAUUUCUCUUAGUCUUUUUGUUUAAUUUCCUUGUAAUAAAUAUUAAUUUCAUUUGUUUAAAAAAAUAAUAUGUUCAAAUAUAAGGCUUCUGUUAUUUCAAAACAGAUUAUUUCAUCAUUUAAAUUAUUACAUCAGUACAAACAUAAUUGUACGACUAUUUUUAUAAUAAAUCAAUGGACUGCUAAUUGAUAAAUUGUACCGAAUUUAUAUGAAAUAUUUAAAUAUAUGUACCAAAGAACGUAAAACUAUUUUUUCCAUCUUGAAUUUAAAAGGAUAUUGUUUAGUUGAUACCUCUUUGGCAUCAAAAAUCAGAUUUUUAAUUUGUUAGAUUUCAUUUAUAAAAUUUUUAGUUGGAAAAAAAACCGACUUUGUAAAUUACAUUUAUCACUAUAGUGUGUUGAAUAGUGUACUGA